GCCGGCCUUCACUCUGCGCAUGCGCCUUUUGAGAUAAUUGCCGGCCGAGUUGGUGGUGUGUUUCCCGCCAGGCGAGGGGAGCCGUGACGCCAGGCGCAGCUUGAUGACGACAUUUCGGUGCCGGGUAGCCGAAUGGCGGUCUUCGUCCCUUAGGCGAGCGACUUCAUGGGUCCCACAGUGGUUUCCUAAGACGGCCGUUGUCAGCGGCCCCCAGGAGGCUGCUAUGGCGUUCCCUCACCUGCAGCAGCCCAGCUUUCUGUUGGCUAGCCUGAAAGCUGACUCUAUUAAUAAGCCCUUUGCACAGCGGUGCCAAGACUUGGUUAAAGUCAUCGAGGAUUUUCCAGCAAAGGAGCUGCAUGCCAUCUUCCCAUGGCUGGUGGAGAGCAUUUUUGGCAGCCUGGAUGGUGUCCUUGUCGGCUGGAACCUCCGCUACUUACAGGGACGCAUGAGUCCUGUGGAAUACAGCAUUGUGAUGGAAUUUCUAGACCCUGGUGGCCCAAUGAUGAAGUUGGUUUAUAAGCUUCAGGCCGAAGAUUAUAAGUUUGACUUUCCUGUCUCCUUCCUGCCUGGCCCUGUGAAGGCGUCCAUCCAGGAGCGUGUGCUCCCCGACAGCCCUCUGUACCACAACAAGGUCCAGUUCCCCCCGACGGGGGGCCUCGGCCUGAACUUGGCCCUCAAUCCGUUCGAGUACUACAUGUUCUUCUUUGCUUUGAGCCUCAUCACUCAAAAGCCACUCCCUGGGGCUCUCCACGUACGAACUUCAGACUGUGCCUAUUUCAUCCUCGUGGACAGGUACCUGUCAUGGUUCCUGCCCACAGAAGGCAGUGUGCUCCCCCCGCUCUCCUCCAGUCCCGGGGGGCCCAGCCCCUCACCAGCUCCCAGGACGCCAGCCAUGCCCUUCGCUUCCUAUGGCCUCCACCACACCAGCCUCCUGAAGCGACACAUCUCUCAUCAGACGUCUGUGAACGCAGACCCUGCAUCCCAUGAGAUCUGGAGGUCUGAAACUCUACUCCAGGUUUUUGUGGAAAUGUGGCUUCAUCAUUAUUCCUUGGAGAUGUACCAAAAAAUGCAGUCCCCUCACGCCAAGCUGGAGGUUCUGCACUACCGACUCAGUGUGUCCAGCGCCCCCCACAGCCCCGCCCAGCCCAGCCUCCAGGCCCUCCACGCCUACCAAGAGUCGUUCACGCCCACCGAGGAGCACGUGCUGGUGGUGCGCCUGCUGUUAAAGCAUCUGCACGCCUUUUCCAACAGCCUGAAGCCCGAGCAGGUCUCUCCCUCCGCCCACUCCCACGCCACCAGCCCCCUGGAGGAGUUCAAACGGGCCGCCGUCCCGAGGUUUGUCCAACAGAAGCUCUACCUCUUCCUGCAGCACUGCUUCGGCCACUGGCCCCUGGACGCGUCGUUCAGAGCUGUCCUGGAGAUGUGGCUGAGCUACCUGCAGCCCUGGAGGUAUGCACCCGAGAAGCAGGCUCAGACCAGUGACUGCCAGCCCCGGUGUGUGUCGGAGAGAUGGGCGCCCUUUGUGCAGGAGAACCUGCUCAUGUACACCAAGCUCUUCGUGGGCUUUCUGAGCCGCGCGCUCCGCACCGACCUGGUCAGCCCCAAGAACGCACUCAUGGUGUUCCGAGUGGCCAAAGUCUUUGCCCAGCCCAACCUGGCUGAAAUGAUCCAGAAAGGGGAGCAGCUGUUCCUGGAGCCCGAGCUCGUCAUCCCACACCGCCAGCACCGACUCUUCACGGCGCCCCCCUUCACCGGCAGCUUCCUGUCCUCGUGGCCGCCGGCCGUCACCGACACCUCCUUCAAGGUGAAGAGCCACGUCUACAGCCUGGAGGGCCAGGACUGCAAGUACACCCCGAUGUUUGGGCCCGAGGUCCGGACGCUGGUCUUGCGCCUGGCUCAGCUCAUCACGCAGGCCAAGCAGACCGCCAAGUCCAUCUCCGACCAGUGUGGGGAGAGCACGCCGGGCCGCCCCUUUCUGUCGUGGCUGGGCUUCUGCUCCACAGACACGAACGGCUGCUACCCAGCCAACGACCUGGACGAGAUGGGGCAGGACAGUGUCCGCAAGACAGACGAGUACCUAGAGAAGGCCCUGGAGUACCUGUGCCAGAUGUUCCGACUCAGCGAGGCCCAGCUCGCCCAGCUCACGCUUGCCUUGGGGACAACGCAAGAUGAGAACGGGAAGAAGCAGCUCCCAGACUGCAUCGUGGGAGAGGACGGGCUCAUCCUCACUCCCCUAGGCCGGUACCAGAUCAUCAAUGGGCUGCGGAGGUUUGACAUCGAGUACCAGGGGGACUUGGAGCUGCAGCCCAUCCGGAGCUACGAGAUCGCCAGCCUGGUCCGCAUGCUCUUCCGUCUGUCGUCCGCCAUCAACCACAGGUUUGCAGGCCGGAUGGCAGCCCUGUGUUCCCGGGCCGACUUCCUCGGCAGCUUUUGCCGCUACCACCUCAUGGAGCCUGGGGUGACGGGCAGGCACCUGCUGAGCCCCGUGGCGCGGGGGUCCACAGUCAGCCGGGCCCGGGGCCCGAGGCUCAGUCUGCGCUUCCUGGGCAGCUACCGGACACUGCUCUCGCUGCUUCUGGCCUUCUUCGUGGCCUCCCUGUUCUGUGUCGGGCCCCUGGCCUGUGCCCUGCUCCUCGUGCUGGGCUACCUCCUCUACGCUGUGGCCAUGACGCUGCUGACCGAGCGGAGCAAGCUGCACCAGCUCUGACCUCGGCCCAGCGCUGCCCUGGCCCAGCCAGCAGGAGGGCCACACGGCCCCUCUCUUGAGCCUGGGGCUACCUCUGAGCGAUGGGGCAUUUUCCUGCAGCCACGGAGGCGUGUGUAAGGGAAGC